AAAAUAUUUUAUUAAUUAUGCGAUAACUAAAUUGCCCUUGUUUUACUAUAAAUGAAAAGUAAAUUGCGGCAACGGCACGCCGUAAUGUUCGGCCAAUUGUCGUCGGGUGUGUGGUGACGGAUGGACGGAUUUCGUGUGGAGCGUGCGUUGAGCGGUGGUUUCGUUCAUUUCGUUCAACCAGUCAGAAAAGCGGACUCAAACCGCGCGGUCGCGCGGCGCGUCGGUGCUCGUAGUUUUUUAGUUUGACAGUUGGCGCGUUUUUUCGUUUGGGUUUAGCUAGAUUUAUUUUGUGAAAAGCAUAGAUUUUAAGUAAGUGCAAUCUGUGUAUUUUCUGUUAACUUCUAGUGUGCGACUAGUCAUUUGUGCAUUAACCACAUUGGCUGUGAUUUUAGUGAUUGUACGCCCUGUGAACUUUCUUCGAUUAGGAUUGUGAUUUUUCUUUUGGAGACCAUCUCAGAGUACGUGUCAUCAACUGCAGGGGACUAAAAAAGGUCGCCACCUGCAGCAUAAUAGGGAGCCAUACGCUGCGGCGGAAAGACGGGUGCGACACGCACUCGUGAUCUAGAGGGAGGUCGGGCGUGGUGCGGGCGGCCGCGAGCCCGACGCCAUGGCGACGGUGGAAGGCCGGCCGGCGCAGUAUGGCGUCAGCCUGCGCCAGCUGCGCGAGCUGAUGGAGUCGCGCGGCGCCGAGGGCCUGGCCAAAAUCAACGCGCUCGGCGGGCCGCAGGAGCUCUGCAAGAAGUUGUACACCUCGCCCACGGACGGUCUUAGCGGUUCCAAGGCGGACCAACAGCACAGGCGGGAAGUGUUCGGUUCCAAUCUAAUUCCCCCGAAACCUCCUAAAACCUUCCUCACGCUGGUGUGGGAGGCGCUACAAGAUGUCACCCUGAUCAUCCUCGAGGUGGCCGCCGUUGUCUCGCUUGGAUUGAGUUUCUACAAGCCGUCCGAAGAUGAGAGCGAUAUUGGUCAUUUGGAUGAAGAGGAAGGUCACUACCAAUGGAUAGAGGGUCUGGCGAUUUUAAUAUCUGUUAUAGUUGUCGUCAUAGUCACAGCAUUCAACGAUUAUACGAAAGAAAGACAAUUCAGAGGGCUUCAAUCAAGGAUAGAGGGUGAGCACAAGUUUGCGGUGAUCCGGGGCGGUGAGGUGAAGCAGGUGCCUAUCAGCGAAAUCGUGGUGGGUGACAUCUGCCAGAUCAAGUAUGGUGAUCUACUGCCCGCCGACGGUGUACUGCUGCAGAGUAACGACCUAAAGGUGGACGAGUCCUCGCUCACAGGAGAGUCAGACCAUGUCAAGAAGGGUGAAUCUUUUGAUCCCAUGGUGCUAUCCGGUACCCACGUUAUGGAAGGGUCUGGCAAGAUGUUGGUGACUGCUGUGGGUGUGAACUCCCAGGCGGGUAUCAUCCUGACGCUGCUGGGCGCGGCUGUGGACAAGCAGGAGAAGGAGAUCAAGCAGAUGAAGAAAGAAGCUAAAAAGCAGCAACGCAAGGCGACCCAGCGCAAGAGCCUGACCGGAGACGAAGACGCGACAUUGGCGGCGGGCAGCAACAGCCACGGCGCCAACCAUCGUGAGGACAACCACGUGGCGCCCACAGACAAACCCGCGGAGACCUCGCACAAGAAGGAGAAGUCGGUGCUGCAGGCCAAGCUUACCAAACUUGCUAUACAGAUCGGUUACGCGGGUUCCACAAUCGCAGUGCUAACGGUGAUCAUCCUGGUGGUGCAGUUCUGUGUUCGCACAUUUGUUAUCGACGGCAAACCGUGGAAGGCGACUUACAUCAACAACCUGGUGAAGCAUCUCAUCAUCGGUGUCACCGUACUCGUGGUCGCUGUGCCUGAAGGAUUGCCUCUCGCUGUCACAUUGUCUCUCGCCUACUCUGUUAAGAAAAUGAUGAAAGACAACAACUUGGUACGUCACUUGGACGCGUGUGAGACUAUGGGCAAUGCGACCGCGAUCUGCUCCGACAAGACGGGUACGCUCACCACCAACCGGAUGACCGUAGUCCAGUCCUACAUCUGCGAGAAACUGUGCAAGGUCACGCCCAACUUCAGGGACAUACCCGCGGAAGUUGGCGAGACUAUGAUCGAAGGAAUAUCCGUUAAUAGUGCCUUCACUUCUGGAGUUAUGCCGGCAGCAGAGCCGACUUCGCCCCCAAUACAGAUCGGCAACAAGACGGAGUGCGCGCUGCUCGGGUUCGUGCUGGCGCUCGGUCAGAGCUACGAGGCGGUGCGCGAGCGCAACCCCGAGGAGUCCUUCACGCGCGUCUACACGUUCAACUCCGUGCGCAAGAGCAUGUCCACUGUCAUACCUUACAAGGGGGGAUACCGCCUCUAUACUAAGGGAGCUUCAGAAAUUGUCUUGAAAAAGUGCUCGUUUAUCUAUGGUCACGAGGGUCGCCUGGAGAAGUUCACCCGCGACAUGCAGGACCGGCUGGUGAAGCAGGUCAUUGAACCCAUGGCCUGUGACGGACUGAGGACCAUCUCCGUCGCAUACAGGGACUUUGUGCCCGGAAAGGCUGAUAUCAACCAGGUGCACAUAGACCAAGAGCCGAACUGGGACGAUGAAGACAACAUCGUAAACAAUCUCACUUGUCUCUGUGUUGUUGGUAUCGAGGACCCCGUCAGACCAGAGGUACCGGAGGCUAUCCGCAAGUGCCAGAAGGCGGGCAUCACGGUGCGGAUGGUGACAGGCGACAAUGUGAACACGGCGCGCUCCAUUGCCAUCAAAUGUGGCAUCCUCAAGCCUACUGAUGACUUCCUCAUUCUAGAGGGCAAGGAGUUCAACAAGAGGAUCCGAGACGCUAAUGGAGAGGUCCAACAGAGUUUGAUCGACAAGGUGUGGCCGAAGCUGCGCGUGCUGGCGCGCUCCUCCCCCACUGACAAGUACACUCUGGUGAAGGGUAUGAUCGAGUCCAAGGCGUUUGACACACGCGAGGUGGUCGCUGUCACAGGAGACGGCACCAACGAUGGUCCAGCACUCAAGAAGGCUGAUGUCGGAUUUGCUAUGGGUAUCGCGGGUACGGACGUCGCCAAAGAGGCGUCUGACAUCAUUCUGACAGAUGACAACUUCUCGUCAAUCGUGAAGGCUGUGAUGUGGGGCCGCAACGUGUACGACUCCAUCGCAAAGUUCCUGCAGUUCCAGCUCACUGUGAACGUGGUCGCUGUCAUUGUGGCAUUCAUUGGUGCUUGCGCGAUACAGGACAGUCCUCUAAAGGCGGUACAAAUGUUAUGGGUGAACUUGAUAAUGGACACUCUGGCGUCGCUGGCGCUGGCUACGGAAAUGCCCACACCUGACCUGCUGCAGCGCAAGCCUUACGGCCGCACCAAGCCCCUCAUCAGCCGCACCAUGAUGAAGAACAUCCUCGGACAGGCCAUCUACCAGCUCUUUAUUAUCUUCUCACUGCUAUUUGUAGGUGACAGAUUGUUAAACAUCCCAUCUGGUCGCGGUCAGCCACUCGGCUCCGAACCCACGCAGCACUUCACCAUCAUCUUCAACACUUUCGUCAUGAUGACACUCUUCAAUGAAAUCAACGCGCGCAAGAUUCACGGACAGAGGAAUGUAUUCGAAGGACUCUUCACCAAUCCCAUCUUCUACUCGAUAUGGAUCGGCACUGCUUUAUCUCAGGUGAUAAUAAUCCAGUUCGGCGGCAUGGCGUUCAGUACGGCUGGUCUGUCGAUAGACCAAUGGCUGUGGUGCCUGUUCUUCGGCGCCGGCACCCUCGUGUGGGGCCAGCUCGUCACCACCGUGCCCACUAGGAAGAUACCCAAGAAACUCUCUUGGGGCCGCGGCCAGCCGGACCCCGAGACCAUCCAGCCGGGUCCGGACUACGACGCGGACCUGGACAAGAAGCCGCGCGCCGGACAGAUCCUGUGGAUACGCGGACUCACGCGCCUCCAGACGCAGCUGCGCGUGGUGCGCGCGUUCAAGUCGACGCUCGAGGACCUCGAGGAGCGGCUGUCGGCGCACUCUGCAGCCGGCCUGCGCUCGCGCCUGCGCGCACCACCCCAGGACAUCGCCUACAUCGACGCGGACGACGUGCCCAACGCGGCCGCCGCGCGCACUGAGACCACCAUAUUCUAACGCUCCCCGCGCCAUGCGCCAUGCGCCACGCGUCCGCACCUCACUGACACACCUACACAUAUAGAGCUUCAACAUACCCCGCCCCGCCCCGCUCCGCCCAUUUACUGUUUUGUUACAUUGUGACUGUGUUUGCAGAUGUUUUUGUACCGUACGUACUGCCGGACUCCCCUCCGCUGCCCCCACUCCCCACACUUCCCCACACGACUCCCGCUCGACCGACACGUACUUAACCGACGCUAUUUAACCGCGAAAUCUCAGCGCGAUCUUACGACACCUCGAUUACUUAUGAUUAUGCUUUAUUAUACGAAAAAACGUCUUUGAGUCUUAAAUUGUAUUAGGUUUAAGAAUUUUUUAAAUAAGUGUUGAAAUUUUUAGAAACUAGGUAGUCGAUAGCAAUAAAGUUGCAUAGUUAUGGAGUUGGCGGGUGACGAGCCGUGUCCUGUCACCGCCAUGUCGGCGGACACGACCUCGUGCUGUAGCGUCAACAUGUUGAACUGUUCUCCUAGGACUAGACUCUCCUAGCCCCGACUGUCCAGAGCGACAAUGUAACCAACACUGCUAUUUAGAUAUGAACAUGUUUGUAAAUAUGUAAGAAGUUUCUCAAACGUCUUUUUAUGUAUAUCGGAGCAGUGAUAUUUUAUAUAGAGAUUAUAGAUAGACGCGACUCGUGGAAUUGUGAAACGUUUUAAUCUUAUCGAUUUAAAAUUUACCAAGAUAAUGUUAAAAAAAAAUCAUAUUCUCUCCCUAGCUUUCUUUGUAACUAGUCUAUAUAGGAGUACGUCGACGAACGUGAUCUUUUCAAACUCGUCCGACCUCCCCUCGGUUAUAAUUGUUUCUUUCAUAGUAAAUUGGGACCACUUUAACCCGCUAGUGACGUUAGACCGGCGCCCGGCGGCCGGCCGCGUCCGCGUCCGCGUCCGCGCCGCGCGUCUGCCCGCACGCAGUGCAUUUUCUGAUUCAGCCCUCCCUGUGCACUCCGUGAGUCACGUGACGCUCGCAGCCUCUUUGUACUUGGACACGAGAGAACUCUUACAACUGUAGAACUAAAACAUUGUUUUGUUGAUAACUAUUUACAAUUAAUAAUAAAAUUUGAAGCAAAUUCCAUAGCAUUUUCUUUCGCCACUCGUUAUGCAUGAUGGGGGCCGCCCAGUUUUAGCAGAACCGCUCUAUUUCAGAUGUUAACGGUAAGUUUAGGUCCGCGGGCCAGGCGCGCCCCCUGCCGGCGGCCGCACGCCCCGCGCCCCGCGCCCUCGCCCUGGGCGGCCGGCGGGACCUAGGUACACUCGAGUAACGCUAGUUAGAGCAUGAGCGUGUCUUGCACGUCAACUCUUCGGUACAUACUCACUCCCGUCGAACGAAUAGCGACCUUAUUAUGUUAUGAUACGUCACAAAAUACAACUGCCGACUGUACGUCGAUAAGUCGCAUUAUCUGACGACUGCCUCGCAACAGAGGUUGAAACUGCGCGCGAGCGGCCAUUUUGUGGCCGGCAUCGGUCCGCAAAAUGGCGGCCGUUUCUUAGAUUGUAAGUACAGAGUAUAUAUUGAAGAAAUGUUACAAUGUUUCAUUAUUUUGGUACAAAUGUUGUUUUUUUUUUCCUUUUGAACUUGUAUUCUAAUUAUUUUCGCUUGGCAUUUAAAGUGUGAAAGUGCUUAUGUUACAGCGUUAUGCAUGUAUACCGAUGUCUGUGAGUAUGCACAAUUUGUAUUUUGUAAGCGACGGUCUCUGACAAUGUAAAGUGUCAUUCAGUUGAUUUUGUCACGUUUAUGUUGUCGGGCGACCUUUGAUUUUUUUAAAUGUUAUUUU